GAAAAGAUUUGUCUUCAAGAAAAAGAAGAAAAACAGUAAAACUGCGAAAGUACGUUUUUUUUAUGUCAUUGUGUCGUAAACGAUCAGAAAUUUAUUCUACUUGAUUUUCCUCGGCUAUUCUUGAUUGACGUGCAGUUUAGAUCAGUUUAGGUGUUGUUGUGCACGUUACAAAAGGGCUUACGUGGACUCGCGUUAAAUUGUUUUAUUCAAUUUAAUUGUGUGAAAUACGACGAUGGCUGAAAUGAACACUAAGAGAGAAGCGAGAAGGCGGCGAAUAUUAGAAAACUGCGAAAGUCGUCUACAUAAAAUUACAGGGAAAGUUCAUCUGGUCGAAAAUAAAGAUAAUGAUCCACAAGUGGAAAGCAACAGUUUUAAAGUGGAAUCGACAGAGAAUUUUGCAGAGGACAAUAUCGGAAAUGGUGUAUGCAAUAUUAGUAGCAACACAAAAUUGCAAAAUUGCACAAGAUUUGAUAACAGACAUGAAAGUUUUUUAAAAGAUAUCAGCAAUGAGAAUACACCUUCAUCAAAAGAAGCAUUUAAAUCAGAAUUUACGUUAUACACAUUACUACUCAAUCAUAUAAAUUUUGUCUUCCUAGCUGGAAUUGUUAAUAUUUUGAUUGUGUUGAAACUUGACAAUUUAUUUGGGCAGACAAUUAUUAUACCUUACUUAUUAUUGACGGUGGGACGUUUAUGCAGCUGUACGACAUUACACAAAGCACGAGACAACAGUUUAUUAGUCAUUGCUUUGAUGUUGUGCAACGUUAAACCUAGAUUAAUUUAUAUAUUCAAAAUGUAA